UGCCAAGCAAAUCACACCGGACCAUCAGGUAACAUGGAAGUAAAUGCUGUCAUCGAACUGUUUCGCCGAUCAGAAGAAAAAUACGGAGCGAAAAUCAGCAACUAUAUUGGAGACGGAGAUAGUAAAACUUACGGCAAUUUAGUAAAAGCUAAACCUUAUGGUGAAAAUUUUAUUAUACAUAAAAAAGAAUGUGUAGGUCACGUGCAAAAAAGAAUGGGUAAACGUCUACGUGAUCUAGUAAAUAAAACUGUUGAACAUAAAGUUGUAAAAACCGGAAAAAAUGCUGGUAAAACAAGACAAAGUAAAUUACUCGGUGGCAAAGGAAAGCUCACUGGAAAAGUCAUUGAUAAUUUGAGUCGAUACUACGGAGCAGCAAUCAGACAUAAUUGUGAUUCUUUAGAAGGAAUGAAAAAUGCAGUCUGGGCAACGUUCUACCACCAGCAGUCAACAGACGAUUACCCUCAACACCAUAAGUGCAUGAGCGGUGAGAACUCGUGGUGUUCGUAUCAAAAAGCUUUGGCCACAACAGGAGUGAAAAAUUUCAAUUAUGACUACACUCCACUUCCACAAGAUGUCAUAGAAGCGAUCAAACCGAUUUAUGAAGAUUUGAGUAAAGACGAACUUCUAGAAAGGUGUCUUGGAGGUUUUACUCAAAAUGCCAACGAAAGUUUGAACCAGCUGAUUUGGAGAAUUGCACCGAAAAAAUUAUCUGGCAGCAGACAAAUUGUUAAAUUUGCAUCUUAUGUCUGACAUGGACGUCAGUGUCGGCCCAAGCGCUCACGAGUAUGCAUCAUCUACGGACAGCAAUCGCAUUGAUAGGGCCGAGUUCCAAGCUGUGCAGCAGAGCAAAGAAGCCAGAAUAAAACGAAGACU